AUGCCUGUCGACUUCACCCUUAGUACCACCGAAGAGCAGAUUCGCAAGACUGCGGCUGAAUUUGCCCAACAUGUACUCAGACCUGCACGAGCUGAGUAUGCAGUACAUUCGGAACAGCACAAGCGAUUUCAAGCUACUCGGUCGAUCUACAGCACAGCAGUGGCGGGCGGAAUGAUCAAGGGGCAGAUUUCCAAAAGCCUCGGUGGUGCCAGUGGGUCACUGCUUGAGGCUGCCAUUAUGGUUGAAGAGUGUUAUGCGGUGGAACCGAGCGCUUCUCUUACCAUCUUUGCGACGGGCUUAGGAUUGACACCUCUGAACCUGACGCAAAAGCCAGAACAUCGCGAGUUUCUGGAGCCCUUUUUAAGCAGUCAAGGGGCCCCGCUUGCUUCACUUGUAUUCAGCGAGCCAGGUGGAGUAGCUAAUUAUCUGGAAAAAGGCGCGGCCGGACUCAACACCACGGCUUACCGCGAGGGGGACGAGUGGAUCAUCAACGGGGAGAAGAUAUGGGCGACGAACAGCGCAGGCUGGGAGCUUAAGGGCGCUGAUUUAGCCUGCGUGGUCUGCCGCGACGUGUCUGCCACGCAUCAGCCGGAAGCGAACCCUGAAGACAGCGUUAUGAUCAUUCUGGUCACCCCCGCGGAUCUUGAACGGAGCGGCGAUGGAAGCUUCCAAGUCCUGCGCCAGGUUUCUACCCCCGGGCACACCUCUACUUCCGGACCUCAUAUCAAAUAUCGAAAUGUCCGCGUCCCUGCGAAGAAUGUUCUCUGUGCACCAGGGGAAGGUGCAGCGGUCGCCUCGGGCUCGUUCGAUUGCAGCGCCGUGCUCGUCGGUGCCAUGGCGGUCGGUUUGAUGCGUGCAGCUUUCGAUGCUGCCCUCUCCUUCGCCAAACGCGACUGCCGCGGAGGCAAGGUUCCCCUGCUGGAGCGGCAGGCUGUUGCCGACCUCCUCUCCGGUAUCAAAAUGCAGACGGAGGCGUGCCGAGCAUUGACAUGGAAAGCCGCUCACGCUUUGGAAAACGGGCCGGGCGAUUACAGCGCAAGGCGUGAGCUAGCGCUGGCAGCCAAGGUCUAUUGCAGCGAUGCCGCCGUCAAAGCUGUUACUGAUGCUAUCAACGCGGUUGGAGUAUCCGCCUAUGAUACCGAGCAGCCUUUUUCGGAGCUUCUCAACAACGCAAUGGUUCUUCCAAUUUUCGACGGGGGAAACGUGGGAAUCCGACGUCGACACAUGCAGCAGCUGAUGCUUUCCCCAAAUUAUGACGCUUGGGCAUCGACAUAUGGCCCUAGCCUGGGCUAA